AACGAACAACAAUAAAAUAACGGGAGUCUUCUUUUGGUUUGCUCCGUUCGACUCUUCCGGACAACUCAUCGGCGCAUACCUAGACUCGCAGGUCCUGCUCCAACCCAAACGGCCUUCUCCAGGAAACCCCACUGCAGCAGAGCAGCAGUCGUUAAUCACGAAUCAGUAUGGCGCUAGCAUCUCAAAUACAAUCAAGUACUACCAGCCAACCUGUCAAACGGGACCUUGACUUGACACAAGAAGACAUGGGUUUCGAAGGAGCUGCCGAUGAACCAAAUGAAGAUGCUGUGCAUUUUUGUCUUUUGGCCGAAUUUGAUAUCGAUGCAGGAGCAACGUUGGCGCAUCAGUAUCCUUAUCCUACCGGUACGGAUGAGCAUCGAUUAGCAGAACUAAUGCUUCCGGAUGGGGCCCAUCUUCGGCCUGAAGAUUGGACAAUAUUCUAUCUCGGUCAGACAGCCUCCUCCGCUGUUGAUCCUUUACUGUCCCACGAAUCAGAGGCAUCACUGCAGACGCGUACAUCAACAGAUUCAGAUGGAAAAGCUAGCACUAUGAUGACAUCCAGUCGUGCUAUGAGAGGCGUUGCAGGAGGUGGUUUGCUGUAUGUUCUGAACUGCGUGAGGAUGAAAGAGGACAAGAAGAUGCGGAGAGGAGCAAUGGUGAAAGCUAUGGCGAUAUGUACACCAAAUCCCUAUGUCGGAAUCUACAAGCCGCUUCUUCUCCUCGCCUUAGAAGAAUACUUCAACAAUCCCUCCCCCGAAAUCAUGACGCGGCUGUACGAUUCUGCCAACGGUAUAUCCACCUCUGGCAUGCCCCGCCUUUCCCGAAAUGAACGUAUCCUCCUCCGAUCAUCUGAACAAAAAGAUUUGUUCGAGGAGAAGUUUGGUCUUUACGAACUUGGAAAUGAAACGCAAGAGAUUUUUGAAGAAGGCAGCAGUGAAGCGGGGAAUAGCUCUGCAGAAGGUAUGUCGAAGAGUGAAGAAGGACAAACUUUCACCAGGGGACACCGGAAAACGAUGAGCAGUAACUCUGGCAGAAGGAUGAUUAGGAAAGGGAGCGCUACUUCUCCACAUUUCUACCUUGGGACACCUUCGUCAAGAGAAGGUCGCAUAACGCCCGAAUUCGGGUACGGAGAGUUCGGACGUAGGAAAGGCGUACCCAGGGAUACGCAUUUUUUUGAGACCGAAGCUAGGUUCAAAAAGAUUACAGUACCCAUAAGAAUACCCAUGGCCAUUUUCGAGGAGGAUGUGGGCGAUUACUCUCUGAUCGAGCUAGUCCAAACAUUCUCCCAAAACCCUGCUCCCUUUCAACCACCCUUCCAUGCUCAUCUCCACACCAACGGUGCUAAUACCCAUCCUAUCAUUCUCAUCCUCAACGCCCUCCUCGCCAACAAGCGAGUCAUGUUCCUCGGUCACGGUCUACCCGCCAACCAAGUCGCGCGAAUGGUCCUCGCUGCUUGUGCAUUGGGUUCUGGCUGUGGACAAGUACUCCGAGGCAUGACUGAAUGUGCUUUCCCUUAUGCCAAUCUCGCGAGUCUAGACAUCUUGGAAGAAUUCCCAGGGUACGUGGCAGGUGUGACGAACCCGAGGUUUGAGGAAUUGCCCAUGACAUGGGAUGUACUUUGUAACCUUGAAACUGGUAAAGUGACGGUGUCAAAAAAUGUCAAGUCGGCCAGUGUGAGCAUGGGCUCAAUCGGCAGUGGUCGAUCGUCAGAGAUCAGCUUGAGUGCUAGUAUUGUCAAGGUCGAUGAUGAUAAUACGAUGGGUACGCCUCAGGCAAAGAUGGUUUCGGUGUCUAAAGCGGACUGUGUUGAUAACCAAUUUAUGGACGAAAUCAUUGCGGCAAUGUCAUCGCAUUACGGCGAAUCCAACAUCCGACUUCGAUUUACCGAUUAUCUUAACCGAUUCGUUCGUCUUGCGGCUCACCAAGAGUACUCCCACACGGGUUCGACUAAAAUUGGAUACCCUACCACAACUUUUCAAAAUGGGCAGCUGGGAAGCGGAGUUGUGUUUGCAGAUGAUCAGAUGAGACAGAGGGAAAUGUGGGCUCAUGGGCAUAGGAUUGAAGCAUGGAGAAAGACAAACAGCUACAAGCUUUUUGCCAAAGAUUGGGAUUCCAGAGUCAAACGUCGAGCUAUUGAAUUCGAUGUUCAACACCAACUCUCGCGCUUACGAAUGUGCAAAAAUAUGUCUGAUGGCGAAGCAGAUGCCAUAUUUUCUGCGCUUUCCAACGGUGUGAGAACAUAUGAGCAGGUUGUUGAGCUUUUGACUCAUUUGCCCCCGCACGGAGGAGGAAUCAUGCCCAUUGCCAACGGCCUAUUCCAUCAGUGGCUUGGUGUGAGGGAAAACACGGUAGAGCUGCUGCUGAAUCUGCAGCAGUAUCCCGUUGGACGGCACGCUGUUCUCGCGAUGAACUAUUUCCAUCGCAAGACCUUUGCUCAACUCCUCGAACGUCGAGAGCUUGCUCAUCGCCAUCAGCCAGAACGUCAGUUGGAGCAAGAACGUCCAUUUGGGUCCGGAUCACCUACGUCAGCCCCCCAUGGAGAUGAUUUCUUGUCGCCAAGGACGACGAUCACCCCACAAAGUGCUGUUCAGUCGUAAUGUCUUUGAAGGUCGGAUGAUGGAGGGCGGUCAUGCGUUCAGGUAAUGAGUCCGUAAUCUGUUGUAACUCAUUGUACAUUGGGCUUUGGAUGCUAUGCACAUACUGCAUCGAAACUUGAA